UGUUCACUUCCAACAUGACUACUAAGGUUCUAGUUCUAACAGUUCUUGUGGCUGCCGCCCUCGCCCGCCCCGAGCCACCACCUACGUAUGGACCUCCAGCACCAGCCUACAACCCCCCAGCACACCCACGACCUGCUUAUGGAGCUCCUGCUUACCCUGACACUCCUCCCCAGUACAAUGCUCAGUAUGCUGUGAAGGACGAUGGCAACGACUUUGGUCACCAAGAAUCUCGUGACAACUACGACACCAAGGGUACUUAUUAUGUCCAGCUUCCCGACGGUCGUCUGCAGAAGGUGACUUACUACGUCAACGGCGACUCCGGCUACGUAGCGGAAGUGAGCUACGAGGGCGAGGCCCAGUACCCAGCAUACCAGCCUGCUCCGGCCUACCAGCCUGCUCCAGCGUACAAGCCUGCUCCAGCCUACAAGCCUGCUCCAGCCUACCAGCCUGCCGCCACCUAUGCAUAAAUCGAUAUAAAGAAAUGUUCUGUA